AUGCGCUUGUACUCUAUUUUCCUCUUCGCGGUACGCUUAUCGGUGGCAGCAGAUAUCUUCGUUGAUCGACGAGGACAAGAUUACAAUACUGGGUCGGCUGGGAAGCCCGUCAAGAGUAUUAAAAAAGCACAAGAGCUUGUCCGUGGACUCAUUCCGUCAGCCAAAGAUGACAUUACUGUAUACCUUGGCCCAGGUACUUGGGUAAUCGACAAGCCCAUCACGUUCAAGAAUGAAGACUCCGGUAUCAAUGGCUUCAAGGUAACAUGGGCAGGCUCGGAGACAGUUAUCUCUGGAGGAUAUGAGAUCAACAAUUGGACUGAAAGCCAUGACGGGAUAUGGUCUGCUUCAGUCCCCAAGGGAACGAAGUCCCGUAAUCUUUACGUAAACGGGUUAGCUGCUCAGUAUGCCAGACGGCAGAUCCAUAAUCGGACGGAUUUUGAGUACACGAAAGUCGGAAUGACCUGGAACAGCUCGGAGUACGACUGGAUCCUGGAAAUCCCAGGCAUUGAGAAUGGCGAGCUCCGGGCCAUAAACUCCUUUACCGAUCGUGUUGCGCUCAUCGAAAAGGUCGGGGAUCGCGUGCUUGAGAUGAAAAGGGAUAUAUGGGCUAACCAACUCAUCGGCUAUGACCAAAUCGCGGAGCCGUUUUGGGAUGGAGGCGUCUGGAUUCAGAAUGUUAAAGCCUUUCUCACUGACGGCGGACAAUUUUAUCUUGACAGAAACGAGUCAGCUGUCUAUUACAAGCCGUUAGAAGGCGAAAAUAUGGCUACCGCCUCUGCCUAUCUCGGAGUCGAGGAGGUUCUCCUAGUCAUCGGUGGAACCUAUGAAGAGCCGGUUCACGACUUACACUUCGAGGGAAUUACCUUCAAGCACAGCACGUGGCUCAGACCGGAUACUUACGGGUAUAUAGAUCAGCAGACCGGUGGUCAUAUGGGAAAUGAUAGUCUGUGGCCCAAUUUUGAAGCUUCAAGGCCCCAUUGGUGGCAGAUGCCUAGCGCGAUUCAAGUCAGUGCUGCAUACAACAUCACCAUAGAGUCUUGUACUUUUCGAGAGCUUGGAGCUGGAGGCAUCGGUGUUGGAAACGACAAGAACGCCCACUUUACGGGUGUUGGGCUCGGGGCAAACAACAUUCACAUCGAUGACAAUUAUUUCACGCAGGUGAUGGGGAAUAGCAUCACUGUGGGAGGUAUACAAGCCGAUGCACACCACCCAUCGCAGCCGGAGAUGCUUGUGUCAGACAUCCACGCGUCCAACAACAUCUUCAAUAACAAUUCGGUCCUGUGGUCGUCCACUGUCCCUAUCCUUUUCACAUACACACAAUACUCUUCCAUCACACACAAUGACAUUUAUAACCAGCCAUAUAGCGGUAUUUGUCAUGGCUUUGGUACGGCCUAUACUUCUCUGACGAGUAAGACUGCUAAUGGGUUCUAG